UAGCGAACCCAUCACCCACAUCACCCACAUUGGAGCCACCGAUGGAGUCGGAGCAGUCUGAGCCGCUGCUGGACGUCGAUCUCUUGAGCGUCAGCCCGAAGAUCAUCCGCUUUCGUGGGCUGCUCAGCGCUCAGGAAUGUGCACUGAUCCGUUUCCUCAUGUUGGAGGCCCUGAUCUACUUUGGCGACACUUCGCCCUGGGUCGCCCUGCGCCCCGGCGCCGACGUCCUCCAAAACGCCUCGGAGGAGAUGCACCAGCGCUUCGGAGAUCUGGGCGCGAGGCCUUUGCUGAGAUCACAGGAUUCAGGGCAUCUGUCCUUCUAUUUCAUCGAGCCUCCGGACUUCAUGGUGCGGAUGAUCCAGCGAGUGGCCAAGAUGUCGGGUGUCCAUCCCAACAACGUGGAACCCAUCUACCACAUCUAUGUGCCAGGAUCGGUUCCGGCCAACCUGCAUUUGGACAACUUCAACAAGUAUUUGUUUCCGCAUCGCCAUCUUUCUGUGUCACUGUUCUUGGAUGACUACGAAGAUGGAGGCACUGUCUUCCCGCUCCUCCUCGACAGUUUCGGAGGCACUGGAGGCAGCAGCCUGCUGGCCCUGGAGCACGAGGAGAUCGAGUCCUGGCAACGAGUGUUGAAUGAGGAGCGCAUGCUGCAAGUGGCCAACGAUGCCCACGCAUAUGCACACCGUCGUGUGGACAAGAAUGAGGACAACAGCUUCCGGCAUCGCGUGCUGAAGGAAGCUCAGGAGAUGUGCAGGCGAGGCCGAACAGCGCAGAUCCCCGUCUUGCCGGAGAAAGGUACAAUGUACCUUUGGUUCAACUACCUGUCAAAUGGUGAGGAUGAUGUCAGAAGCCUGCAUGCUGGCUGCAGCUCCAGUACUGGCUACAAGAUGAUUGGUGCCUUCUUCCUGCGAGAUGGCAGUGGCCCCUUUCGUGAGCAUGACUCCUUUUGGCAUCCAGUACAGCCUCGAAAGCAUGAGGUGGAUGAACUUCAACGCCAAAUGGAGAUGAUCACGGUGCUGGGGUUCCGGUUUGAUCAUAUUGCAGCCCUCUUCAACUUGGAGCGCCAGGCAGUCUUCGAGCUGCUGGGCGCACAGGCAGCCGUGAGGCUGGCGGGCUUUCACUAUGAGUACGCUCAACAGCUGGUGCAGUCCAAGCAGGAGGACACGGCCCGACGCCAAUAUGACGGCAUGAUCCAGCAGCAUGGUUUUCGGGCAGAGUUGGCAUGGUCCCAAGUGGCUGCCGAUGGGCUCCUAUUCUAAGCCGUCCUUUCUCUCCGGUUGCACCACGCGGAGAAGAACGUGUUCGGCGGGUUUUGGCAUGCACUGGACGGGCUUCCGCUGUGAAGAAAUUGUUGAUGUGCCGCAAGCUGUUUGAGAACAUGUUCAAGGAGUGGCUGCUUCGCCAAGUUUACCUAGGAGUUCAAGGAGUGGCUGCUUCCCAUCCGCGCGAUACUGUUUCAGGUUUACCUCUAUGGUGUUUUCCUAUACAUUCCAUGGCCAUGGAUGGAUCAUCCAUUGGUGCCAUCGAUGCCGCUGCUUCACUUCACUCGGGCUUCACUGAAUCGAUCCCUUCGCCCCGGCGCUGAUCCUCCGCGACCGAGAACGACUGAGAGAUGCUGGGUGCUCGAUCAAUGACUUGGAAUGACUGGGACGGCUUGGAAGCAAAGCCCACAUGGACUCCAACAAUGAUGGAGCCAGUUGGGCCAUGUCGUGAGGACAUCAGCAAGGUGGUGAUCUCCGUGAUCAAAGAGGUCAUUCUGAACCGACUCUGAACCGCUCGC